GCCAUGGGAGUAGAAAACAUCCUACACAUGAAUACCGGCAAUGGAGAAUUAAGCUAUGCCAAAAACUCAUUACUACAGGAAAUAGCGAUACGUAAAACGAUGCCGGUUUUAAAGCAUACGAUCAAAUCCAUGGCUGAUCUUGGCAUCAAUAUCUUUGGCCACUGUUUCACGAUAGCGGAUUUGGGAUGCUCAUCCAGCACAAAUACGCUGUUGGUUGCAAGGACCAUUAUCGAUAUAGUCGAUGAGGCGUGUAAAGAAAAUGAUCGUAAGGCACCACAAUUUCAAGUGUGCUUAAAUGACCUUUAUGGUAAUGAUUUCAACAACAAAGCAAAUAUAUGCAUGGCAAAAACAAGUCCUCCAAAUGUAUUCGAAGCAUAUCGAAAGCAAUUUUAUUUAGACUUCCGAAAGUUUUUGAAACUACGAUCUGAGGAAAUAGUAUGCGGUGGGCGCAUGGUUUUAACAUUUCUUGGUCGGAGUAAUGCUGAUCCGACUAGUGAUGAUGGUUGUCGUCACAUGGAGCUACUAGCACAAUCACUUGUCGAUAUGCUGAAAGAGGGGCUAGUUCGAGAAUCAGAUAUCAACUCAUUCAAUCUUCCGGCUUAUACACCAUGCGAAGAUGAAGUUAGGAAUGUUAUUCAUAACGAAGGAUCGUUUUCUCUUGAUAGCUUGGAUGUUUUUCAAGGAAAUUGGGAUCCAUAUGACACCGAUUACACAAAUGUAAACGAUUUUAAGGAGGACAGCCACAGACACGGGAAAAACGCAGCACAAGUUCUGAGAGCUGUUACAGAGCCGUUGUUGACGUCUCAUUUCGGAAAUUCCGUAAUUGAUGCGGUGUUUAAGAAACUUGAAAAGCAUGUUGCCGAACAUCUAGCUAAUAAGAAAACAAGAUACUUUAACAUAGUCAUUUCAUUGAUCAAUAAAUGA